AUGUCACUUAUUAAGCAAGCUAUACCAAGUAGUGUGAAAAAUGCCAGGAUCGGAGUGAUUGGUGCAGGAAUUUCAGGAUUGACAUUUUCCUACUUUCUAGCCAAGCUCCAUCCGGAUUGGUCGAUAAAGGUUUAUGAACAAUCCAAAAGGCCAGGUGGCUACAUCUUAUCGCAGCCAACCAAAGUUGGCGAUGCAAAAAGUACAAUUUUGGAAAAAGGACCCCGAACUCUUCGAGGCGUCAGUCAAGGAACUUUGAUAUUGCUUGAUCUACUUGACAAAUUCAAGUUGCGAAGUACCAUUAAGGGAGUUCACGCUAAUGCUGCGGCCAAUAAGAAAUACCUAUUGAGCAAAUCCGGAGGAUUUCAUAUUGUACAAGUUCCAGAUGACUCCAAAACUACCCUGAAGUUUGUUCUCGAUGGUAUUGGACGGUCUAUUCCGUCUGCGAUUGGUCGUGAGAUGUUUACUAUGAAGAAAGCGCAAAAGGAGGAGACUGUUGACGAGUUUGUCACGCGGCAUUUCGGCAAGAAGAUGUGGAGAAACCUCUUUUCGGCAAUUAUGAAUGGCAUAUAUGCUGCAGAUGGAACUCAGCUAAGUGUCAAAGCAGUAAUGCCGAAGCUGGCCGAUAUAGAGUCGAAAAACGCUUCAAUAUGUAGAUACAUGUUUGGUAAAUCCGUGUUUGGAAAGAAGAAAACCUCGGAAAAGCAACCACAGAUAAGUCCAUAUCUCCAGUUGUACGAGAAGGAGUUCCAGCCAAGGCUGAAUUUACUCAAGAUGUCUCAAUAUCUACGGAAUUUUCCAAUGACGCUAUUGAGUGGAGGUCUCGAAACGUUACCGAAGGCCAUUUAUGCCAAUAUGCCACCAAACGUUGAGUUCAAGUUUGAGUCUAAGGUCUCGGACAUCAAGCCUUUGCCAAACGGUAAAAUCAGUCUCAAGAAUAACUCUGCUGAGGAACAGUUCGAUCAUGUGAGGUCUACAAUCAAUGUUCAGGCGUUGUCUCGCAUGCUCAAGAGCCCAGACUUUGCAAAACUCGUCUCCCCACUAAAAUACACCACUGUUACACUUGCCAAUGUCUACGUGCCAAACCAGAAUGUGCUUCCAAGGACAGGAUUUGGCUUUUUGGUUCCUAAUGCCUCUGCAGACGAGGAUAAGCUGUUAGGAGUGAUAUUUGACUCUGAUGUUGAACACAGUGCCAAGCCGAUAUUCGCAUCGGAAAAGAUUACAAGCGUGUUGGAAUCAAACAAGCCUGUUGAGAAAAAGCAGCUUGACGAGCUGGCCGGCGAAGUACUAAAAGCUGAUUCUCCAAUUAAAGAUCCAUACACUAAAGUUACAUUCAUGAUCGGAGGUGCAAAGUAUGACAAGGUUGCAAAGCUUCCAUCCGAAAACGAAAUAAAGCAGAUCGUUUUGAGAAAAAUGGACGAGGUUCUCGGCGUUAAUCUUGGAGAUGAUGCUCGAAUUGAGGUUGGAUUUGUGAACAAUGCUAUACCUCAGUAUAAUGUUGGAUAUUUGGACUUGAAGGCCAAGGCCUGGAAAUUGGCUGAAAAUGAGUUCAACGGAAAUCUUUCAUUUGGUGGAAUGACUUUCGCAGAUGGUGUCGGCGUUCCGGAUUGUGUUAUGAGCUCAUUUAAAGAUGCUCUCCGACUUUCUGGCCGUGACAAUUUAUGA